UAUGUUUUCUGCCCUUUUAAAGAUGUUUAUUUAUGUCCUAAGUUCUGAUUUGUUUUUCUCAUUGGAAUCUUUACGAUUCAACAUUUUAACAUUUAAAGAAUUUUACUUGUUGUGUGGACUUUUAAUUAAAUCAAAUACGCAUCAUCAUUUCUCUGAGUAGAAAAAACAAAAAUUGAUGCAGUAUUAUAGAAUUGAACGUAAUAAUUGCUACUUUCCGAUGUUGUUAUAUGGAAAAUGUGAAUUAUGCUUUUCACUACCUCAUAUGAGAGCGAAAAAAGUGGUCUUACCCAUCCCAAUGCUCUAGAACAUAACUUCAGUGAAAUUCAGCAGUUCAGUUCUACUUUAAAUCCCAAUAUCUCAAUGGAAAAUGCUUCAUAUAAUUUUAGUGAUAAAGAAAACUUCAACUCGACAUCCUCAGCUUUUCUGAACUGGACUUAUUGUUUCUAUUAUUUGACAGCAACGCCAAAUCAUGCUCUUUUUCAGAUAGCCAAUGUUUUUCUUUUCCUUUCUUACUUGGCGCCAGUGGGUGUUCAUGGUUUACUUUUCCUUCGAUCUUGUUUGAUGUUGGGUUCUCUUUUCUUUGCUCUGUGGGGUUGGAUUGUUCUAUGUGCCUUCGAUACCUUCCUCUGGAAUGCAGUAUUCACAUUAAUUAAUUUCAUACAUGUCAUUAUACUUUUGUACAUACUAAGACCAGUGAAAUUCAAUAGAAAGUUAGAAGAGAUCUAUAAAGAACUGUUUCAACCCCUUCGAGUUUCACGUCAUCAAUUUAAACGAAUUGUUCAUUGUAUGCGGGAAAUAAAGAGCUUGAAACCUAAAGAUCCUUAUUGUGUUGAAAAUGUAACUAAGGUGGAUCGCCUUUCCUUGGUUAUUUCUGGCAGACUUGUUGUUUCCCAGAAUGGCCGUCCUCUACACAUUGUGGACAACAAGCAAUUUUUGGACUCUCCUGAAUGGUUUGGAGUAUGUACGAAUGAUACUUACCAGGUGUCUAUAACUGCUCUAGAGGAAAGCCAGGUUCUUGUGUGGCACAGAGAUAAGCUAAAAUUGUCUAUUUGCAAUGAUUCUUUUCUCCAAGCUGUGUUUGACAAUAUUUUGGGUAAAGAUGUUGUGAAAAAGUUAUUGCUUGUAUCAGAGACAUCUUGCAAUGGGAAUGGAUUUUAUGUGUGUGAAGACGUCGUUGCGGAGACUACUAAGCUACUUGCCAAAAGUAAAAACAAACCGGGGCAAACAGGUUUAAGUGUACUUCUUUCUCGACAAGUGAAAAAUCGAGAAACCAACGUUUGGACGCUUGCCAAAAAAGGACACGGAGAUGUCGAUGCUGAAACUUCAGUUUGAGGACUGCCUCUUAGUCAUUUGAUGUCUUUUUUUUUUCUUUUCUUUUGUUUGAGAAACUAGGUCAUAUGCAUGAAUAGUAUUCUCUAGGGCUACUCUCUAUAUUUAUGAGAUUUUAUAGAUGUUAUUUGAAUCGAAUGUAUUUUUAAUGUGCUAAUUUAUUUCUAACCUAGCAUGAAUCUCAUAAUAUUGUAGAUAUAUUUUUUAUAUAUAGAGCUUUGCAUUUAUUUAUAUGUCUAUACAGUCAAACCUCUUAUUGCAGAUAACAUUAUUGAAGAGCAUAUUUGAAUAUCAUGUUUAGCGACAUUUUGAAAACCUCCAUCUUCAGUGUUUUUGGUCUCUUUAAUCCCUUAUUUAUCUAAUUAUUAAAAAAUUAUUAGAAAUGUGCUCAAUGUUUUUGUCCCAUAAAAUAAUUUUAUUAUUUAAUAUUUUUUCUUAUACUAUGUAGAUAUUAUAUUUUUUAUUUAUUUAUAUUUAAAAAAAAAAUUAAUAUUCAAAAUUUAUUUUAAUUUGGGACUUACAUUACAAGACUUUCCUUAAACCACAUUAUAAGAUUUCAGUUAAAGUUUUAGCAUUUAAUACUUUGUUUUAUAACUAAUUGAAAUUGUCAAUGGAUUUUAAAGACUUACUUUCAAAAUUGAUAUAGAUAGAAAGCUGAAAAUUUAAAAUAAAACAGAGGAAUUAUAAAAUGGUACCUUUAAAUGAAAUAUCAACUAAAUAAUUCCAUAGCUGAUGUUAAACUUUAGAUAAUCAUGUGUUGUCAACUAGUAAUGAUAAACUUAUUACAGGGACAGAUAAGUCCUGUUGAAAAUUUUGUUCUUUUUCAAUGUCAAGUGGAAAUAAUAUUAGUGUGUCUUAAGAGUUCCACCAGUGCAUAAAGGGUUAAAAAUGCUUUUUCUUCAUUGUUUGGUGCUUAGUUUUUUUUUUUUUUUUUUCAAUGACCUUUUUUUUUAAAAUGUACUUAUUUUUGGCAACUAGCAGUCAUUAUCUGCAUAUUUAUAAAAAUACAGUAAAUUUAUAUAUUUGUUAUAAAUAUAUUUGUUGUUAAUUUUUAUAUUUUUUUUUUAGUUUAUUUUCUGAAAAUAUGAAACGCUUGUGAUCAUUUUUUUUUAUCUUAAAUAAUUUACCUCAAAAAAUUCUUUUUAAACUUUUAAGAAUGUAAUGUUUAUGCAUGUAUUACUAUCUUUGGUAGAUAUACUUAAUGAUUCACAUAACUCUAUACAACACUAAACUGCCCGUUUCAAGACAUGCCUUUUAAAGAUUGCUACUGUAUCAUAAUUUGAGAAAAAACUCUGAACAUGCUGUGUUAAAUCUUUAAAUAUAUCAGUAUUCUGGGGGGGGGAUUAUUUUAUCAUUGUAAAUGCUUUCAAAGUAACUCAUUUUGAGAAAUUCACUAAAAUGUUCUCAACAUGUUUAUUCAGUGAAGCUCUUCAAUUGCCUGCAAAAAUAUUCUGCUGAUUCACAUGAAGCAGCUAAAAUGUUGUGAUUAAAUGUGUGAUUUAGAUGUCUUGAGUCCUAUUUUUUUUUUUUUUGCUAUNUUUUUUUUUUUUUUUUUUUUUUUUUUUUUUUUUUUUUUUUGCUAUCAAAUAUUUUGUCAUCAGUAUUUUUUAGAAUUUUCUUUUCAAUACACAUAGUAAUUAUGAAAUAACUUUGUCCUUUUGAGAAUACCAUUCUAGAAAACAGAAUGAAGUUUUGUAUAAAGAGUGUGUGCUCAAGAAUAGUAAUGAAAUCAAGAAUAAUAAAGAAUAACUUUACUCUAUGUCAUUCUAAAAAACAAAAUUUUGUAAGAAAAGUUUGUCAUCAAGAAUAAUGGAAUCUAUAUCUAGCUCUCAUUGUUACAAGGCAUUUUUCAAACCAUCUUUUUUUUAUUAAGAUCUUAAACCUUGUGUUUAAAAUUUAUUAUUAAUUAAGCUCCAACUAAAAAUAUUUGUUUGAGCAAAAUUUUUUAUCAGGAAUAGUGAAUGCAUUCAAAUACUGUGCUGCCUUGUUACAAAACACAUUCUCUAAAGCUGAAUUGUUGAUACCUCCAAACUUUUUAAAAUACUGUGCUGCUGGUUUUCAUGCUAAAAAUGACAUUAAAACUCAAUUUUGAGAUUUUUAGUUUAAAAAUCAGUUUUUACUAAGAAAAAGUAUUUGUUGCCGUAGUAACUGUAACAUGACGCAUCAACUUCAACCCUAUUCUUUUGUGCAUACACUUUUAUACAAUAUGGGAAGGGGAUGAAAUGUUAUUUUCCAGUAUAUAAAGUUGAACUAAACUUGGGUUAAUCCGAAUAGCUUCUGUCACAUUAUAAAUGUAAAAAAUAUUCAUUUUGUAACUAAAAGAAAUGCUCAUUCAAAUUACAAUCGAGAUGUGUGGAUUUUAAUUCAAGUGGGGAUGAUGAAAAAUUUUAAACAAUUCUAUUAAAAAGUACAAAUGAAUAGUUCUAAAAAAUUUGAUGAUUGAGUGCAUAAGGAAAAGUAUGACUUUCUCCUAAAUAAGACUUUCAAUCAACUGUGAUUCGCUUUCAUUUGAGUAAAGAUCAGCGCUUUGUCACAACAUAUGAAAUAUUACUGAGAUUUAAAUUAAUUGGUUCAUUAUACAGUGGGUUAUGCCUGUAUCAAUUACAAUCAGAGUUUUUGGAGUGUUAGCUUUGGUGGUUCAUAACAUAUCUGCCAACAUUGGUGAAAUAAAAAUGAGUUAAGACAUCAUGCAUAAUCAUAUAA